AUUACAUGCACUUUGCUUAUUUGCCUUCUUUGCACUUCAGCUAAGCCUAGCUAUUUACUAGCUCUACUGUUACCAGCACAUUUCAGCAUUGACUGAUCCAUUGUUUGUGAUCCACUUCAAGCCUCAUCAGUGAAACUCAACUAGCAUGCCUGGGACUUGGACAAGGAACCAAAUCCUAGUUGUAUUAAAUAACCUCAAUAUCAAAACACACUUCAGCUCACUGCAUGACUAUAUAUCUUGUUUGAUAUUUUUCAGUAAACCACUGCCGACCCGUUUCCUUAAUAAUUAGCAUACAACGAAUCUAGGCGCUCUGAACUGCUACAGAUAUGGACAUGUAUCAGGUCAUGGAAGUAUAUUCACUUUGGACCAUAACCCUCACGGCUGCUAGAAUUUCUCAAUGGAAGAUGCCUAUCUACCGCAAAAUACAGUGUCCUAAUAAUUUUGCAUUGGCAUUGCAUAAAAGAAACAAGGACAUUUUCAUUGUUCUCAAACAGAGCAGUUAUGCAGGCAUUCUUCAAGUCCCUUUACACACACAUGAUAUGUUUGCAGACUCGCGUGCAGUCAAGACACACUAUUGGCAUGAGCACAUCCUUAUUCAACAUAAUCAGCUCCUACAUGCAAGUGCUGAUAUUGAUAUCUUCUUAGAUAGACUUCAUUUAUGCUAGCAUAAGAGCUAGGUCAUGAUGUUGGGUAUUUAACAAAUUGUCCUGUCGACUUUUAUUAAGAUCUCUACUUCAAACCUCUACAGGAAAAUUUCCUCAAAAAGUAUUGAAGUGUCCUCCCAUUUCACAAACAGGCCCCACAUUCAAAGCCGCACAGCAAUAAAAAUAUAGUUCUUCCAAACACCAUGAAAACAUACGGGGCGUUCUCUCUCCCGCUCUUCCUCACCUACGCAUCGCUUAUCAGCAAUGCACUAGCCCUUCCAUCCGGAGAGCUCGCAGAACGCCGCCUGGAGUGUCCUAUGACAUGCCGUGUUCGAGAAGACUGCUGCGGCGGAAGGACCUUGUGCAUUGAAGGGGAAUGUGUUCCCGUCCCGCGGAUUGGGAUGAUCCGCGAAUGGGACUGACGGAUUAAAUUAAUGCCUCUAGUUUGUUUUAGAAACACUUUUAUUCACUAUAUUUCUAGAUCUAACAUGUAUAGCUCUGUCAAUAGUCUUGAGAGUGUACCCGGGGGGGAUAUUCGGUAUUGUGCAAUGGAACUGGCGAGUUUCAAAGUUUUGGGUUUUACGAUUUUG